GUCUGGUUCCAAAUAAACCAUCCCAUGAUCGAAAAAGCAGAAUUCCUCCAAUGACACCAACUUCUUGGCCAUGUGUUGAUCAGAGGCAGUCUUGAGGCGUGGGAGUGGCUGACUCGCCCUAGACUACCCUAUGGAUGGACCUUCACCAACAUACUCAUUUGCCUGUCCUUCAUGUUCUAGAGCUUCAUACCUAUUGUGCAAGGGGACCUGGGAAGCACAAUGGCUGACAAUAAGGCAAAGUCGACCAAACCUGCAAACAAGACUCCUCCAAGGUCUCCUUCAGAUCCAACAAAGGACCGAGCUGCAAAACGAUUAUCCUGUGAUUCAAAUAGCUCCCAUGAGGGAGCUAUGGCAGGAGAAAUAAGUGCUCUGGAAGAGGCCUUUAGAAAAUUUGCUAUCCAUGGUGAUACAAGAGCCACAGGGAAAGAAAUGCAUGGGAAGAACUGGUCUAAGCUGUGUAAGGACUGUCAGGUGAUAGAUGGGAAGAAUGUGACAAUCACAGAUGUUGACAUUGUCUUCAGUAAAAUCAAGGGAAAGUCUUCUAGAACCAUUAGUUUUGAGCAGUUUAAAGAAGCUCUUCAGGAACUCUCCAAGAAGCGAUUUAAAGAAAAGAGUGAUGAGGAAGCAAUUCAAGAAAUAUAUAAACUAAUUGAAGGAAAAGCACCAAUUAUAUCUGGAGUAACGAAAGCAAUUUCGUCUCCAACUGUGUCACGCCUUACAGAUACAUCAAAAUUCACGGGUUCUCACAAAGAGAGGUUUGAUCCCAGUGGGAAAGGAAAAGGCAGAGCUGGCCGAGAAGAUCUGGUGGAUGCUUCGGGAUAUGUAUCUGGCUAUAAGCAUGCAGGCACAUAUGAUCAUAAAGUACAAGGAAGCAAGUAAGGCUGAAGGUUUAAAAUAAAGGGAGAGAGAGAAUAUAUUUUUAAGAAUGAUAUAGAUGAGUCCCACAUGUUUCAGUUAUUGUGAAUGCUAAGACUAUGUGUUCAAGAAGUUGUUUUCAGAAACUGGAACUGAUUUUAACAUCUGCUGAGCAACUUGCAGCAUAGCUCCACUUCAUUACAUUCCUUAUGUGUAUAUUGGCAAAAAUAAAUGUAUCAAUAUAAAAAGGACAUCAUUUUGUCGAGCUCUUUAGACAAAAAGAAAAAAACAAUGUCAAGAGCUGUUAUACCACACUUUGUCAAUCUGAGCAAAAAAAUUCAAACAUUCCUAAAUGUCCAGUUGCUCUGAGGUUGUGGAAGAGAACCCUUUGACAAAGGUUCUUUCAUAGCAGCAUUUCUGAAAAGUAUGCCAUUACUUACACAGUUUUAUUUCACUACUGUUUUGGGGCUUUUUAAAUGUCUUUUCUGGGAUCUGGCACUUUCCUUAAAAGAUUCAACAGUGUAUUAUUGUGGAAUAAGUUGUUGUAAUAUAUAAGGCGCUAAUCUGUAAAUUUCAUAGACCAUUUCUGAAAAAAAUGAAAAAAAAAAAAGAAAAAGAAAAAAUAUUUCUGUGACAAUACAGGUUCUAAUGUAUUUUUGUCAGCAGAAAGAGGUGGAAAAUACCAACCCUUACUGUCCUCAUGUCUAUACUUUCUGCUUUGUUAUUGUGUUUACUGUAGCAUGUUUCUGACUGGCUGGAUUUAGAUGGAGCUAAUGUACUAACCUCAUGGGUGAGGAACAAGAUAUUACUAAGAAAGUAAUUGCUUUUUGCAGUCUGUUCUCAAAUUUAAACUGCCCAGCAUUAGAAAUGAAGAGGGCAUUAAAAUAGUAAUGCUUUAAAAUAUUGAUUAUGACUAAACUUUACCAAUCAGAUUGCUAUUAAGUGAAUGUUGUGCAAAUACAUUGGCACAUAUCCCCUUUAAGGUAUAACAUAUGUAAUGGAAGUUUAUGGCCUUUUGUAUUAAGGACAUAUAAUAUUAAUAUCCACAUAAUUAAUUAUGAUUUAUUGUAAUUGAUUGCACAGAAAAACAUACUGUUAUACCCAGGCUACAUGUUCUGUUAGUUUUGUCCGAAGCCAAAGAAUUUGUUUCUCUGUGCUGCCUUACUUGGGAGUAAUUUUGUUGAUGGGAAUAGCUUUCCAUUUCUAUAGAAAAACCAAUUCCACACACUUAAGGUACAGGCAGCUGAGUGAGACCUGCCCCUGGCUCAGAUUGCCAAAAUGAGUUAACAGGAGUAAAAAUCACUCUUCUUUUAUUUUUGUGUGUGUAUAUCUAUAUAUACACAUUAAUGGUUAAACAAGAGAGAAAAGGCCAGUUCAAUUUUCUGUGAGAGCUGAACUCUAACUUGGAGUAUUUAAAAACACCUCUGAGUAGUUUUGCUUUGCUUAUUUUCAGAAAGAGCUCUUGCACUGAUUUUAAUGUUUUGACUGUGGAUAAAGGCUGAUAAGUUUACAGUUUUUCUCCUACUCUGAUCAGCAUGCCACUCAGAGUACAAAAGCUGAGUGAGCUCCACGUGUCAUCAUGUUCCUUGCAGGUCACAAUCUGUAUUUGGCCCAUAUACAGAAAGAGCACUGGUUUUCCCUCCCUAACUGUUCAUGUUUUGUUUUUCUGACAUUGUGGCCUAUUCUUGUAAUUCUGCCUCCAGUGACCCUUUGAGCUCAUACAUCAGCCUGAAAGCAGAACAAUAAUGUGCAAAUACAAGGACUUCCUCAUGAACUUGAAGAUUUUUUGUUUAUCAUUUGUUUUGGUUUUUGUUUUGAGGAUGGAAAGAAGUUUGCCAAAACUCAGCACAUGCUAUUGUGAGGAUUUAAGUAUUUUUUUCCCAUGAUUGACUCUAGUUAUCUGGGAAGAUUUUUGAUGUAUUUAAGGAUGCUCAGGAUGAGAAGCUUUUUGAAGUCUUGACUUACAGAUUUCUCUUGAAGAAGAUUUUCAGUGGAGUGAAGGAGUAUUCACUCCUUUGUUGCACUGGUUACCUGUCACACUCUGAAAAAGAAAAUAGCAUAUUGUUAUACAAGCAAUGACUAAAUUUUUCCAGCAUGACAGUAGACUGGCUAACUGCAGAGAACCCUCUUUGUGAUAUAACACUCAUGCCUGUGCAUCUGAAGAAGGCACUGGGAUAGGCCUGUAGCUUUUUUUGUAAGUAAAAAGGCUAAGUCCAUAACUCUUGACAAAUCCUCAGCUAAGUUACAGGCACGAUAAAUGCUCCUGUUCUUCCCAUUGACUUAGAGACUUAACUUAUAGCUUAUUCGUAGCUGAAAAGAUCUGAACCCUGCUUGAAUCAAAGGUGAGGUCCAGUCUAUUGCAGAGCUCUUCCAACACAUCACUGAUCUUGCUCUUCGUUGCUAGCUAGCUGUCAUGUCAGGCAUAGUAGGUGAUAUCUAACCUAAGGUGCACAAGUGACAGGCUUUCUAAAGUACACAAAUACAGAUAUCAAACUGUUGCUGCACAAGGAGGAAUGACUGCUUAGAAAGGUUUUAUGGACUUAUUAGGUUUUAAAUUGCUAGUCCACGAUGUGAGAGAAGUCAGCACACUCAUAGAAGGCAUGCAAAAGAAUUGGGAAUGGAACAAAACUGCAUACUUGCAAGAGGCUGCUGGAAGUAGCCAGGAGUCUGCUAGAGCUUAACUUUACAUUACAGUAUGAAAUUCCUGCCAGAACAAAACACUUUGUACUGACCUGAUGCAAAGUUGUACAGUAUUUUCAGUGAUAUAUUAAGUUUUGGAUUGGGACCUGAGAAGGUGCUUUGGAUAGCACAUGGUAUUUUAUUUUGAAGAACACAUUUUUUCUUCUCCACUGCAGAUGGAUGGCUUUAAAACUCUGUCAAACGCAUGAGAAGAAAUUCUGAUAUGACAGUCAAAAAAGGAAGUUGUGGCUGGAAAGGUAGUAAUCUGUAAACAUUUUCCCCUCUACAUUGGUGCAGAAGAUGCAGGCUAUGAAUGAAAGCACAGAACCAUAGAACCAUAGCUGCAUCAUAUGCAUCUGUAAUAUUAGAAGUUCAGCCACCCUUUUGUGCUCUUACUUUCUCACUAAUUUUGGUGGAUAAUUAAAAGCCUAAAUAAUAGCUUGAAUGUUAGCCAUGCUUCUGAAUGUUCCAGGAAUGGAAAUGAGGCCAAGUGGUAUAACCAGUACAUUUUACUGUUUGUUCAUUGACUAUUCCCCGUACUCUUAGGACAGCAAGUACAACUUGUAACUCAGAGAUGAUGGGAAAAGAGAGGUCAAGAGGUGGAGUAGAGUAUGCUCAUCAUCCCGUGCACCGUUAUUCUAGACUACCUAAAUGACGAGCCUGAAGUGAGAACGUGUAUUCAGUAAGGUUUACACUCAUCUCCUUUUUUAAACUCAUUCCUUCAGACUCUCCAGUCUGAUUUUCAGCAGUUCAUCUGCAGUGCUCUCUUACAUGAUAUCAUCUAUAAAACCCUGUUAUUCCUAACAAUUUUGCUUUCAGUACUGCUGAACAUUCUUUUGAGAUAAACGUGAUCAAAAAGUUCAGGUAGCGUUUAGUGAUACCUGUAUUUAAGAACAAGCUCAAAUCAUACUGUUCAUUUAAAACUAAAGCCUUAGAUACUAUAAUAGUACACAAUCUUACCAACAUGUUAAUCUGACUACCAAACCUUGGCAAGAUUGAGAACAACAAAUAGAAAUCCUGCCUGAGGCAAAAGAAUAAUAUUAAAGUAAAUCUUAAGCAAAAUCUGCAGAAGAAAAUUUUUUUAAUAGUAGUACUUGUUUGCUAAUUCCUCUACUCAUUCUUUGUGCUUUAGUUACUUGUUGAGAGUUUUCUACCAAUCAUCCCUAUGUGGAAAUUCAGAAACAAAAAUUUCUGUCCUUUUUAUGGUUAUCAAAGCUGUCACAGUAAUGUUACUGAAAAGUAGACGUGAAAUUAUAUAUUGUUUGAACAGUCCAAUGUGAAUAGUUCUGAUUAAUUGUAAAAAAGUCUUUGGAAGACCAAAGGAAAUGCUUAACAUUGGACAAUGGCCAGUAUGUGGCCACUUUUUUACUUUAGGAAAAUGAAAGGGUAAUUUCGAAACUACUGUUAUGUCACACCUUCUUCAUUAGCAUAGAGGUUAUCGUUCAAAGGUAUUUUGGAUUAAAUAUAGUAUUUUCCAUGUAUUUUACUGAUGUUACCUCAAUGAAAAUUUCCUCUGAUAACUUUUUGGAGUCAUGAAAUUCAUGUAUUAUUUAUUUCAGUCAUGUUUUCUCUCUGUUGGCUUAAUUAAUAUAAUACAGAUUGAAUUUGUUGGUAAUCGAGAACCAGGGCAUAUGACGAGUUACGAGUUUGGCUUGCAAGUGAGAGGUAUCAAGAGAGAAUCUGUGUGUAUCCUUCUCCAAACCCCAAAACUUCAAAGUUAUAGUUAAGAAAGUUUAUUUUUCUUAAGACUUGUCAUAGUUAUAAAAUAAACUUUAAUUAUUUGUGUCUGCAUGUAUGAUAAGUAUCAGCUAUUUGGAAUAUAAACUAGCCGUACCGAAUUUGCAUGUAUUCUGGGGGCAUGCGCCUGUUGUCCAUGAGUGAGAAUUCUCUGUUAGCACUGGCCAAGAAACAAACAGUUUACUUUCAUGACGGAUAAAAUGUAAUGUGUUGCACCUAGUAUAUAUCCUUUAAACUGACGGUUAGCCUUGUGUGCGCACUAAAAUAACUACAGCUUUGUGUAUGUUGUAGUGUGGAUAUUAUGUUCUUUCUUUGUCUAUUAGUUGAUGGUAGGUAAUGUAAUACCUGAGACUUUUACAAGUUUGUGUGCACACAUACUAUUUAAGAUUCAGAUAAAUAAUUAGACCACGUAGGCGCUGUCCUAAACCUUAAAUGUUCAAGGGCCAGGCUCUAAUCCUGCAGCUGGAGCUAUUCAGAGCCAGUUGGAAAUGCUACCAUUCUAUCUCCAUAGUAUGAAAGUAGACAUCUAGGAGUGUUUUUAUGUUUUGACACAUACAACUACUCCGUUUCUGUUUCUGGAGGAAAGUGUUCUUCAGUAAAUCUGACAUAGACUUGUUGCAUCAAGAAGAGUUCUUCCCUUGUGAGGAAGUAGGAAAGAGAGAGUCAAGGAUAAAUCAAUAGUUCCUCUGAGUGCUCUGAGGAGAUCAUUUAAAAUCAUGCCCUGCAUGGCCUCUGUAUUUUUCUUUAACCCAACUUUAUGAAUUAAGUUGACACUCACUAUGUAUAUGCAAAGUUCUUUGUCAUCAGUUGGGUAAGUACAAAAUCAUGGUAUACAGGUUCAGGAGCAGGAGAUGAACUCUGUCUUACAAUGUCUGUGGACUAGAGUCUUGCAUAAACCUUUAGAAAGUGAUAUACCUGAAACAUAAUGACAGAUGUCAAACUUGUGUGAAAUUCUUAGGGGUGGUACAUGAUGCAUGCACGUGUACCUCCUAUAUUUGGAGUUUUGCCCAUAAAAUAGCAUUUAGACAUUGAGUUUUUAAUUUUGUGCACCCAAGUGCCCAUUUGGCUCACCAUAUAUAAGCUGGAAAUGACGGACUGAGCUGUUGUUUUUAAAUCUUCAGAAUCCUAAAACUAGUGAGAGACCAUUAGUUGCAUUCAUGCUUGCUAGUCUAACUCAGAAAUAGCGUUUAAGAAGAUUUCUCAGCUAUGAUACUUCAGGAGGCUAAGGAAUAUUGCAGAUAGAUCCUCCAAAUUUCAAUUGCCCAACCAAUUUGUAUUUUCAGGAACAAAAAACUGUUAUGUACUUGGCAUUUUUUCAUGUUUUUUAGUAUAUCACCUGAGCUGUAUUGCUUCAAAAUCCACGUAGAGAUGAUGGGAUUCAAAACAAGUUUAAGAUAUAAAUGUUUGUUUAUAGUUCUUGGAAAAUGUUUGAAUUUAGUUGUUUCCUUCCAAAUAAUUGAUUGCCCACUGUAGGCAGACUUUGGCAAAAGCAAACUUGAUAAUAAAGAAAUAAUAAUUAAAAAAAAAAAAGCAUAUUUGCUGAGUAUUUUUGAUGGACACUUACAAAUAACUUACUGGUAGUCUGAAAUUACUUAAAAGUAAUAAUAAUUUUGCUUUGUAAUCAUACACACACAUGUGCAUGUGCAGUAUUUUAGGACAAAUGAGUGGCUAGAGUACAGAAGGGGCUUUUUGGUUUGUUGGUUUUGGAUUAUUUUUUUUUUUAAAUAUCUGCAAAUUGACACUGAACUGCCCAAUUUGCUAACCUGACCUGGAAAGAUAUUAAGCACCUACCACAUUCCAUUGCAGAUAAAUAUCCAAUGAACUAAUUUUCAAAUAUAUUUUUAAGCAUCUCUUUUUAUGAGUUAGUGUAAAGCUUAUGGCACUUGAACAAAGCAUUUGUAAAAUUCUGUGAGAUAGCUCAUAUAACGGUAACUUGAACUUAACGUCAAAUAAUUUUAUUCAGGAUUUUUCUGUUAAACCUUUUUCAGAACAGGUCACAGGCUUGAAUAAAGUUACAUUCAAGUUAAUUUAAAAUAUACCCCUAAAACUAUACUUACACAUCAUCCUUUUUACAUUUUAAUCUGGAUGUUGUAGAUGACACACAAUAAAAGAAA